CUUGUUUUAAUAAUAUUACUUGUUUUUAAAAUGUAUUAAUGUAUACCAUUUCAACAUAAAGAAUAUGACGUCUAUAUUAUUAUACUUAAUUAUGCAAACUUAAGUGUCUAACCGUUUCAUCAUUAAGAUUUCAACAUGUCGGUUCAACUUAAAGUAUUUGCCAAAGCUAUUGAUCUAUCAAAAAUUAAAGCUUAUUUAUUUGGAUCUAAUAAUACAAAGGAUGUUUUAAAUGACUCUGUAAGUUGCAUAUCUCCUGGAGGUGAAAUCAUAGUAUUUGGAUAUGACAAUAAAAUAAUUACCUUUACGCCGAAGUGGUUUUCCAGUUCUACUAAUGAUAAUAUUAUAAGCCAAACUUUUCAAACAUUUUGUAAUAAUGACAUUGCCCAAACAAACAAUGAACAAAUCACAUCAAUGUUAUGUCUACCGAUUGCAGCAAUUGAUACAAAACUGUCUACUCAUUGUAGUCCUGAUUGGUUUUGCAUUGCCAUAGGAUUUUCAAGUGGUUUUGUCAAAUUUUACACUGAAGAUGGAGACCUCUUACUAUCAAAAUUAUUCCAUAAUAGUGCUGUUUUGAAAUUAAGGUGUCAAAGUCAUCAGCCUGCAAAAAUUAAUCCUCCAACUGUAGAACAACCUGAAGAAAUUGCAAUUUUAUAUAGUAAAGUUAUGUGUACAGUUGAUGGCACAAUAUUCAUUAAUAGUUUAAGGUCUUGUAAAAAUCAAUUAGCUAAAAUUCAAGCAAAAUGUUUGGGUGAUAUAAGUAUCUCUCCAUUAACAUAUAAAAAGUGGGCUUUUGAUGUUCAAAAAAAGAUAAAUGAUGCUGCUAUUGGGCCAAAAUAUGAUAUUACUAGUUUUCAACAUAUAGUAGCAGCUAAUAUUUGCAAAGGUAUUAGUGGUGAAAAACAAAAUUGUAUACCACAAAUGACUCAAAUUAUAACUGCUGGCCAUGAACCAUACUUAGCAAUUCAUUAUACAAUUGGAGGACAGGCUCAACCUACUUUUGGAAAUAUAACUAAAGCAGUUGCAAAUAAAUUGAAAUCUUCUUUUAUUCAAACAUUACCUUGUUGGUUAUCAUAUAAUUUAUCAUUAAAUGAAACUCCUGAUACACUAGAACAACCUGAACAGCUUGGAUGUCGUUUUAGCCUCAAUGAAAUGGAAUGUGAAGCUUUAAAAAUUGAAUUAAGUCCCCAAUUAUCCAUAGGAGUAAUCUCUGAUAAUUUAGGGAAAGUAACACUUUUCGAGGUCAAUGCUGGAGGAAUAAUACGAACAUGGGACGGAUAUAAAGACGUUCAAUUUGGAUGGCUUGUUGUCAAUGAAAAUAAAAGUUCUAGUUCUAAACAAGCAUUAUUUUUAGUAAUGUUUAUACCUAAUAGAGAAGUAUUAGAAGUAUGGUCAAUGCACAAUUAUGAAAAAAUAUCAAUGUCUAAAGUUUCUAAAACUGGAAGGCUAUUUUACACAAACUUUGGUUUAUUUGGAGCUCUAAGUACAUCAAGAAUGAACAUAUAUAAUGCUAAUUAUCGCUGUUAUUUUAUAGAUGAAACAGAAAAUAUUACAGAAAUAAAUGUACCUUUUCACUGUAUAGAAAGUCAUUCUAAUAGUCAACUGUCUCAAGAUAUGUAUACAUUUAAAACAUUCAAAUUAUUAUGUAAAAGUGAAAAUGUUGAUAACGAAAUACUCUGCGAAGAAGUUGUAAAAUUAGUUAAUAAUUUAAUGACUGAUAAAGUAAGACAACAAGCAUUUGAUUAUAUUACAACUAGUAAAAGUAUAACACAAAAUGCCUUGGUUACAUUUUUGAAAAGCUUACAAACAAAUUUAAAAGAAAAAAAUCAAAGUGAAUCUCAAAAUUUUAAUGAAAAUUUAUUGAAAAAUACUGAUAAUCAUUUGAAACUCAUAACGUUUUUAACGUUUUUAUCCAAUUAUCAAGGGAAGUGUCAUCGUUUUCAGGCAUCAUCUUUAUCAGCUGAAGAUAAAAUACAAGAAUUAUCUAAAACACUUCGUUUAAACGAUCAAGAUAUGGAUAAAAUUAUUUCAUUACUUCCUAUAGAACCAAAAAAAAAAACUGUAGUGAUGUUUUAUGAUGAUGUUAAAUCAUUGAAUUUAAUUGAAUUACUGUCUUAUUUUAAUAUGACUGGUGAAAAUAUCUCUAUAAAAAUUGAUAAAAAUCUCGAUGAAUUAUGUAAACAUAUAUUUGAACCUAUUAUGCAGUUUGAUAAUGAUAUUGGAGAAUGGAAUUCUGCAUGGAUAGCUAGUGGUAUUCAAUUACCAGAUAUGGUAUAUUUAGCUGUUAAAUAUUGGCUAUCAAAACCACUCACCUUAACAAUUGUAACAGAAAUGUUAAAUUUUCACAGAGCAAUUGACACAAUUUGUAAUUCAAAUGGAAUAAAAUUUGAUUGGAAUGCAAUCCAAGAUCAGUUUUCAAAUAGUUCAAAUACAUUUGCUUGUUUAACUGGAGCUAUAAUAUGUAAAACUAUUGCAUCUUGUAGAAAAACAGUUAAUGUUAACAAUGAAUGGGAAUGUAUUUCUGAUGAUGACUAUCAAUGGAAUUUAUUAAUUGAAAGACUUGAACAAUUAUGCCAUCUCAAUGCAACAUUAAAAUAUUGUUCAAAAGAACCAGUUGGAACACUUCACUGUUUAAAAUAUGAGUUCUCGUCCAUUACACUAACAGAGUUACUUCAACUUGGACGUGGUGGAGUGUCUACACUUGUUAGUAAAUGGUUAGCUAGUAUAGGCUUAGAUCCUACUUUAGUGAUUGAUGAGUAUUUAAUAGACUUCGAUAAAAAAAAAACUAAACCAUUAAAUCAAAAUAAAGGAAUUAUAGGUAUUCAAGAAGGACUUGUUAUAAAUAUAGAUACAGCAGUUGAAGUCAAAGCAUUAAAUAUGGCAGAAAAAGAAGUAUUAGAUACAUUAAAACGUCUGAAAACCUGUUUUCCACACAGUUUGAAUGGGAAUACAUUAUUAAGUAAUAUUUUUUGGGAAUAUGCAUCUGCUUGGAAAAAUUGUGUUGCUGAUCUUAGACCACUUAAGACAGCUUUAGAUGUUGCUAAUACUAUACCAUGUUUGCAUACAAGAGAAAACAUGUGUUAUUUGGUGUGGUCUACACAUAUAUCUCCUGUUUUUUUAUCAGCUGUAAGGCUUAUUGAUCGUGUUGGAAAAGUUCCUAAAGAUAAGUUAUGUAUUAAAGAUGUUGGGAUGCCAGAUCAAUAUAUAGUCAAAUUUUUUGAUUUAUGUGAUCGUUUUUUUGACAUCAUUAUUAAGGCAUCUUUAUCAGCUGAAGAAGUUGAACUUGCUGAAAUAAAACAUGAUUUUUUUUGGGAAAAUUGGAAAAACAGUAACCAACAUAAGCUUACUCUUGUUCAAAUAGCUUUAAAUAAACCUAAUCCUGAUCAAGAAAUUCUUUUUUUGACUCAUCAAUUUGUUAGAACAUUUCAUAUAUUGGCUAAAUUUUCAUUACAUAUAAAUAAACCACUAAAUAGUCUAUUUGACUGUCAUGUACAUGAAAUUGAUAUUUCUAAUUUGAACCAAAACACUUUUAAUCAAGAAAUGCCAAGAACUAAAGUUAAAAAAUCGAAAACUAAUUUUUUAAUUAAUUCUAUUAAUUCAGCAGUUUGCCUUAUACAAAAAGAUUGUGAGGAUGGUCAAUAUGAAUUUGAAAGUAAAGAAUGUAUGUUUUGGAUAAGUAAAAUAUUUCAAUUAGCUUUAGAUUGGCAACUAAAUUUAGAUGAUCUUAGAAUAUGUCAAGUUGUUUCGCUGUAUAGUAAAGGACACGAUCGUUUGGCUGAAGAAAUUAUACCAGUUGUUCACAAUAAAGAAAACCUCAUAAAACAUUUAAUGAAUGUAAUUAAACAUAGAUUGAAAUUUGAAAUAUGCAUUAGCGAUUUAGACUUUCAUGAUAAAAUUGUACACUUUAGCCCAGAAAUUGUUUCUUGGCUUAAAAGUCCAGUAACAAUAGAUGUUGAAAAAUCAUUAUUAAAAGAAACUUUAGAAUUAGUACAAACUGUAAUAACUUUAUUACCAGAAAAUGAUAGUCAACAUGAAUUUAUUAGCAAUCUAAUGGAUAGUUUGAUAUCUUUGAUUAAUAGUUAAUAACAAAAUACAUUCGUGUAGAUUUAAUAUUUCAAAUGUUACCUCUGAAUAUUUAACAAUUCA